ACAUCAUCGACCGGAGAAAGUCGACGGAACAGGUAACAUACAUCCACGUUAGCAGGAUGUUUUUCUUGAGGAUACCAUUCGCCUGUUUGUCCCUGGCCAGCUUGGCUGUUUGUCACGAGAGUCGGUCAGGUUCUGCUAAACUGCCAGACGGUGAUGUAAACUUUCGAGGCGGCAAUGGUAACAACACCGAUCCCGUUGUUUCUAAAAGAAUGACUUUCUUAGAAACGCCCUUCCAUCCAGAUGACCUUUUCCGCACGAUCGCUGAGGGCAACUCCUCGCAAUCACGUCAUCAUGACACAGUUUCUGAUUCCGGACUUAAUAGCCACCACUUAACAACUUCCACCACAAGUGCAACAGCAACCACACCACAAAAUUCUACCCAAAAGACGGUUCUUUCUACAAAGCAGAGUACAGGACGACCUGAAGUUACAACCACUGCCUCUACAACACCCACGUCGCCUUCAGAUUAUAGUACACUUCAGUCAACCACCCGGCCCAUAUUUGUGACAGAAACCCGAUUACCUGAGCUUUCUUCAGACGAUAGUACAGUACCGAAGUCCACCACCCAGCCCACAUUUGUAACAGAAACCCGAUUACCUGAGCUUUCUACAGACGAUAGUACAGUACCGAAGUCCACCACCCAGCCCACAUUUGUAACAGAAACCCGAUUACCUGAGCUUUCUACCGACGAUAGUACAGUACCGAAGUCCACCAACAGGCCCACAUUUGUAACAGAAACCCGAUUACCUGAGCUUUCUACAGACGAUAGUACAGUACCGAAGUCCACCGCCCAGCCCACAUUUGUAACAGAAACCCGAUCACCUGAGCUUUCUUCAGACGAUAGUACAGUACCGAAGUCCACCAACAGGCCCACAUUUGUAACAGAAACCCGAUCACCUGAGCUUUCUACAGACGAUAGUACAGUACCGAAGUCCACCACCCGGCCCACAUUUGUAACAGAAACCCGAUCACCUGAGCUUUCUACAGACGAUAGUACAGUACCGAAGUCCACCAACAGGCCCACAUUUGUAACAGAAACCCGAUUACCUGAGCUUUCUACAGACGAUAGUACAGUACCGAAGUCCACCAACAGGCCCACAUUUGUAACAGAAACCCGAUCACCUGAGCUUUCUACAGACGAUAGUACAGUACCGAAGUCCACCACCCGGCCCACAUUUGUAACAGAAACCCGAUCACCUGAGCUUUCUACAGACUAUAGUACAGUGCAAACAUCCAACAGCCCACCCACGUCGGCUACUGAUAAUAGUAAUGACACUACACACGGAAAAGUUCAUGUAUCUAAAGAUUCUAUGCCGCAAGGCAUGGAGCCCUCGGUUCAGUUCAUACCAGAUGUCUGGGUUAUUCCUGAAAGAAGGACUUUCGAAACGCUCAAGCCCUUCUCUCCAGAUGAUUUUGGACUUAACAGCCAUCACACAACGCCAGCUUCCACCACAGGUGCCACAGCAGCUACGUCACAUAAAUCUACCCAAAAGACGGUGUUUUCCACUAAGCAGCUUUCAGGACGACGUGGGGUUACCACCACUGCCAUAUCAACACCGGUUUCGCCUUCAAACGAUAGCACAGUUCCUAAGUCCAUUACCCGGUCCACGUCUGUGACAGCUACCCAAUUACCUGAGCUUUCUACAGGCGAUAGUGCAGUUCCAACGGCCAGUAUCCAGACUGGACUUUCAGACGAUACCUCUGUACUUACGUCUGCCAGCACUAGGAACUUAACAGGUUCUGUCACUGAUGAUACCAAUGAUGCAGACCUUGACAGCAUUGCAAGUGGCACGGUGACCUCUAACGAUGUAAGUGAUCAACCCGUCUAUUCCGAUACUCCGACACGUGGUCUAGUUAUCACAGACACAAGUAAGAAUGACCAUGAAAUAACCACAACGACUGCUUCCCUGUCUGACAACACUCCUGAGCCUGUCACAAAACUGCCAGUACCCAUUAGCGCUUUAGAUCGCGGGGAAAAAUUGCCUAAUAAUCCAUCAGCAAGCAACUUGCCCGCGGGCUUACCGGGGAUUUCUCCGCCGAUCAGCCCUGAAAAAUCUGAUACGCUGCGGGGAAAAGUCCACACACCGACUAUGCAAACAAUCACUGAAAGAAUAAAGGGCAGAAUGAUAGAAGGGCUGUUGCCGGCACCCAUGGCAGUGAUCGCUGGCGAGGAACCACACAAGCGCACUCCUCAGCUCGAACACUUUUUGGAGGAAAUAAUGGCAGACCUAGUGCCACGUGUUCGCGCCUACAUACGGCAUCUCAGCUACAAUCAGAAAGUAAACUUUCUAGACGAAUUCAUUCAGAAGUACAAAGCGCAAAUUCUGCGCCCCUGAACAAUGAUGGGCUGAGGAAAUA